UAGUAUGAUGAUAAAAUCUGACGAGCAAAUCAUUAAAUUUGUACCUUAUCCAACACUUGCGACAAAGCUUAUGUACGAUCACAUAGUGAAAAAUUGCAAACCGAUAUAAUUGAACAGUAGUCGGCAAUGAAAAUCACAGUUAAAGAUUGACGGAUAUUGAUUGAUGAAUUUUUAAUCCAAGUGUGAUGAUUUAAGUUACAAAUUAUAUACACUCUUUAGCUCCAUUCUUGUACAACAAUCACCAAGUGCAAGCGUAUAAUGGUCUAUCCGGAAGAACCCUUCUGGGCUUUGCCAAUGGUAUCUGGAUUAUACGAAGAUCGAGAUUAUAGGGUUAAUGUUGUGGAAGCUUUGCAAGAGUUUUGGCAAAUGAAACAAUCGCGAGGAGUCGAGCUUAAGAAUGGAGCUCUAGUGAUCUAUGAAUCGAUUCCAUCGAACAGCCAGCCCUAUGUGUGCUUCGUGACAUUACCUGGCGGCAGUUGUUUUGGUAGUUUUCAGAAUUGUCCAACGAAAGCGGAAGCUAGACGAAGUUCGGCUAAAAUUGCACUCAUGAAUUCGGUAUUUAACGAGCAUCCGUCUCGCCGUAUAACCGAUGAAUUUAUUGAAAAGGCUGUUCAGGAUGCACGCGCCUCUUUCAAAGGAACACCACAAAACAAUGAAUUACCAGAAUCGGGCAUCGGUGCUUUUAGGUUCAUGCUCGAGGCAAAUAAGGGGCGUACGAUGCUAGAGUUCCAAGAAUUGAUGACCGUGUUUCAGCUACUACAUUGGAAUGGAUCAUUGAAGGCAAUGCGCGAGCGUCAGUGCUCUAGACAGGAGGUGGUUGCACAUUACUCCAAUCGUAGCUUGGAUGAUGAGAUGAGAGCUCAAAUGGCCCUGGACUGGAUAGCACGUGAGCAGGAGAAUCCUGGAGUGCUGAGAAGAGAAUUAGUCUUGGCUGAACGUGAGCUCGAGACGGCACGCAUGGCAGGCCGCGAGCUACGUUUCCCUAAGGAGAAAAAGGACAUAUUAAUGAUAGCACACAAUCAAUUGGGUGGCAGCAAUUUAGGCGCAGCAGCCAUUGAAAACUGAACUGUGGACGACGGUAGAGGUUUAUAAUAAAGGGGACAACACACUUAGUAUACAUAUAUGGAAGACUCCCUUUCUUAGUCUUGGCACCAUUAUAGCAUCGUAUAUAUACAUAUAUGCUAUAUUCAGAAAGUAAUCGACGAAAUAAUCCGCAUUACACAAACAACCGUUUAUUUUAUUGGCAAAAGAAAACCAUAUGAUCUCGAGUUCUGUUAAAUCCGUUAAAGCUCAUUUUAAAAUAGAAAUCAGGAAGACGUGAGAAUAAUUCAUAUUUGCUGACAGAAAGAAAAUAUAAAGGAAAACUCGGUAAAAGAAAAACACUGACAAGUGCAAAAUACUUUCGGAAUGAAAAAUUGUGAUUUUAAAUACUGAAUUUACGGAAUUAUUUUGAGACUAAACUUAAAUAGAAUAGUUAAAUUUAUUGUGUGUAUAUGCAUGUGUAUUUAUAUAUCGAAACACUGUCUCAGCGCCAAGCGCAACUCAUCCGAGGCAAAUAACCAUUUAGAUAAAUUUUUUAAACUAACUUCAUCAAUUCCUUAUAAUAAAGUCGAAACGUUUGGCAA